AUGGACGAGCCUCGCAAAGGAAAGGAGGACACGCGAGAGAAGGAAGAUCAGAAGGGUAGUACUAGGGAAGAAGUGCGGUAUCGGGGCGUCCGAAGGAGGCCAUGGGGAAAGUUUGCAGCUGAGAUUCGAGACUCAUCACGGCAUGGCGCUCGUAUGUGGCUUGGGACAUUCAAUACAGCAGAAGAUGCGGCCAGGGCAUACGAUCGUGCUGCAUUUAACCUAAGGGGUCACCUUGCAACUCUCAACUUCCCUCACGAGUAUUAUCCUCAAGUCGCAGGCUCUCCUCCAAAAUUUUCAUCACUUCCAUCGUCUAGUUUUUCUCCGUUAGCUCCUAGUGGGAGUUCUGACAGGGGAAGUACUACUACUUCAUCUAAUUCCGGUCAAGAAAGGCAAGUAUUCGAGUUCGAGUACUUGGAUGACAAGGUCUUGGAGGACCUUCUUGAAUCAGAAGAGGAGAAGAGGAAACGAAAGCAAGGCUGA